AUGUUUCUAGCGGCGUUAUUAGCCCAACUUAUCAGGCUUUCCCUGCAACAGGUCAGUAUCCCUAUUAGAGCUUUUGCCGAGGGGGACACAGAUGUCGAUAUUUACAUUAACGGCGAUCUAGCUCCCACGGACCCGACACUGGACAUCUACUAUCUCAACACCAACUACGAAAUACAGGGCGUGAAUUCGGGCGUUGAAGUUUUCAGAUUGGCCUCUGACCUCGUGGAUGGCGAUGUGAUCGCCAUUCGAGCGACAAACAACAAGCCAACAGAAGGGGUCGAGGUGGACACUGGCCACACGGUGCUCAUCUACCCGAGUUAUGGCGCCUGGAUCCUGGCCUUACCUAAUUUCGUCAUCAGUACUGCCGAGCAUUGGCGGUGUACAAGUCAAUUCGCGAAUUCAUGGUUCGCCCAAAGCUACAAUGACGCUAGUUGGCCCAUGGCAGUCGAGUACCCCAUAGAGAGCGACUGCUGUCCUUGGAGGGAUAGGAAUAAGGCAUGGGCCGCCGUCAAUGCACAAUGGUUGUGGACAGAUGAUCCUGUGACCAACAGAACAGUCUAUUGUCGAUACACUGUGGACACAACCGACUUGGCCGAAGGGAUGGAUGGCAGUGGCCAGACUGCCUCCACCCUAGCGCCCGACUACCGCAUCCAAGCAGUUAGGGCGGGAUCAAGCUGGAUAACUUUGGACAUAAAUAUCACUACCGUAGGAGCUAGAGUUUACUGUCUUCCGAUCAACACGCUCUACCGUUUGCGAACUCCUACUUCUAAAGAAAUUGAGAAGUCGGACUACUACAUAAACGUCACUGAGCUCACCGACGAGACCUGGGUAGAUGCGGAUGACUCUGAUGUGAACAGCAACAUCCCUUCAACAACUUCAGCUCAUAUUGAGUUCACAACCACCACUGAUAUCGAAGGGUGCAGACAAGAGUGCCGGGACACAUUGAACUGCGGGAGAAUCGCUUUCUGGAUAGAGGGAACGGCCACCCCGGGUGAAGUCGACCAAGCCAACUGCCAGUUGCUUGAGAGCAGCGACAAUCCGCCAGCUUUGGUCUCGGCUUUGGAUCCCACCUCCGUCAUUUUCCACCAAAUACGGGUGGUUACAGAGAAGUUGCAGACGAUAGACAUUCAAGACGGUCUGUCGGCGGGAACUGACUACGAAGUCUACUGCACAGUUCAUGGGCCUGACGGCUCCACCACACCCUUAGACGACAUAACCACUCGAAUGGCCGAGAUAACUACGACGGGAUGCUUCGAUUGUGGUAUCCAAACUUACCCCGUGGCGAGCAUACGUGGGGGCUUCGUGACGGCAUCGAGAAUCUUUAUGACCAUCCGAUUGAACCUUGAGGGCAAAGCCUAUUGUAUGGCCAGUAGGCUCACUAACGACAUUUCUAUAGACAUACGGGAAGGCGCCCAACCUGACACCGCCUACUCCUUCUGGUGUAUGACCAUAUCUGCCAGUGGCUCGGGUGUAUCGCCUGACGAGGCCAUAGACGCUACUCGGCGCGAGGUUCGAACGCUGGCCGAGGACGAUGCGGCAUCUCUCAUGCUGUCGCUCUCUACCACUGAGGAACUGCGUGCAACUGUCGACGCCUUGAAGCUUGUUGCGGGAGUUUCUGUAACGGGUCCAGCCAUGGUUUGGUGCAUUGCAAUCGACUCCCUCACAGAGUCGGCUAGUCGUAGAAUGCCUGACAGGACAGCAAUACGGAGCGGAGGAGUCUUCUCUCGAAUACUGAUCCCUCGUAUUCAAGUUGAAGUCGAUCUCAUCGACGACGACCGGUUCACUAUUGAUUCAGCCGGUACCUACGAGAUCUACUGUGAUGCUGAGGAAGAUCCUUUGCCCAAUAACUCCACGUGGACGCCGUAUCCCGCGCUGGAAAUGGCGCGCAUCGAAAGCAACUAUGCAUCCAUAGACCUAUUCGUGAAUGUUGACCGGGCAGCAAACAUAUCUUGCGUAGCUCUACCUUGGAUACUCGAUGCCAGCAGUGGAGAUGGGCAGGAUGGUCUCUCCCAAGUGCGGCCAGAGAGCCCCUCUGUCGAGACCGUCCAACUCGAAGGCGUGAAUGCGAUAGUAACACUACCCCUUGGUGGUCAAACUACUCUCAGACUACCAAGCCUGAGGCCAGGCACUCUACACGAUAUCUACUGCUCCACUGCGGAUCCCGUCAUGGGCGAGAAUGCUUUGAUCUAUACAAUCGAUGACGAUGCUAUGUGGGGCCGCCGACAGACUGUCCACACGAAGGGACCUACUCCCCUGUGGAAGUCUGUGGAGUGCUCUGCUGGUGGCCCCUGUACCAUCUCUGGCUUUACAGGCUUUGACCUCAAGCCUGGUGACGGCCUCGUCGUGAGGAGCUUCGGAAGCGCAUGCCGCGUGUGUGAAUGCAAUGGUGUACUUGAUCCUGUGAUCGGCACAACAGGAUCCCUCUGCAUGUCGGUGCUCAAAGUAGACCCUCAGAGUACCGCAACGUCACUAGCCCUGGAUCCCCGCGGCCCGUGGUGCUACGUGGAUGAACUACACUGCGGAGAUGCAGAGGAGAGCCCAUAUCAUGCCGGCCUCUUCGUGAGCUACGAAGCAUGCCAGGAUCGAUCCGAAAGCGUUGUGGGUCUCGAGGGUUUCGCUAGGACCGCCGACGGCACCAACUUCACCUGGUAUGAAGAGGAGGUCUCUGGAGAGGAGCCAAAAGAGCUCGUUGUGACUGCACCCGGUGGCGUCUACGACCUGUGCUGGUGCCCGGAUGACCCAUCAUCAAGCACCGAGACCUGUACCCAAAUGAGGGAUUACUCGCUGUACCUAGGGAUCCUGUAUAUUCGGGGAGUCUCCGUGAUCAAUGAUACAGGGGUCUAUUACUGUACAGCAGGCAGGAACUGUUCUAUCACUCUCACAGGGAUCAGUGGUAUCGCUGAAUACGAUCGUCUAGCAGCAAUACCAGGUUCAUGUUCGUCUUGGCGACCGACCUCAGAGCGGGACUAUCCUGGGGCGCCGGGUUUUCCCGAUUCGGCGAUAACACUACCUCUCUAUCUUUCCACUACUUAUCCGGCACAGACCUUCUCUUGGGCCAGCCCUAUCUUCGCUCAAGGAGGUUCCUACUCCUUGUGUUGGUGUACCGCGAAUGAGGCCUCCGACUGCCAGUCGCGAAUCAUCGGCGUCAACUUCCUGGGAACCGUCGGCUCGGUCCGGGUCAUAGGCCCCAUCACUGGUCGAACGUUUACGUGCAAGUUUGGAGCGCCUUGCAACAUUCGAGAUGUCGGAGGUCUCGGUCUUCGAGGGGACGACAGAGUGAUCGUCUCUGCUACUACAGAUUGCUCAGUUGGCGACAUGGACGUACACGAUGAAGUGUUGCAAGCAUAUGGGCGAACACUGGACUCCCUUGCGAGCGAUCUACUCUGGUACGACGCCGGGAACGACUUCCCAGAGAUUCACCAGGUGUGGUACUCACGAGCCGGUAUGGCGGGGGUUGACGCGCCCCUCUCUGCCGACCUCAUCACGGGCCCUGUUGUUGAGCGAAUAUCAGUACCUGGUUUCCCAGGUGACGGCAGAAGCUCAGCUACUCAACUGGAAGGAACAUACACCUGGGGCGAGGAGGAGCCGGUCUGGCCGCUAGUUGCUGGUGAUUACUCCCUCUGUUGGUGUGGUGGUGGUUUGCCCUGUAUUAAGCAGGAACACUUCAAUGUCCAUCUCGGUGAUGGUGUGCCGAACCAGGGAGUGUCCUUGCCAAGCGCUAACGGCAGAGACUUCGAGUUCGCUGAGCCCCCAGGCUCGACCGUUUCAGACACAGCGAACAUCUUAACUCUGCCCGGCGGGCAAUAUUUCCUGUGUCUUUGCAGCAGACCAGCGACGUCGGGCUCAUGUGUGGAUCCGCAAUACGAGGCGAGUGCUUGGCCUCACAGAGAGGAUUUGAAUCGACGUGAUCAGGUCCUGGACCCCACUUCGACGGGAUCCGCGAACUUCAACUCCCUAGCUGCUGUACUUCUAGUUAGAUCGCCCAAAGUGCUGAGUCAAGCCUUUUUCUGUUUUCCGAACAACCCCUGCACUAUCGGCCCAGUGGAAGGCUUCGGUCUCGCCGCCACAGACAGGAUGAAAGUGACGGCAAGUUGUGCUACUGGUGAGGCCAAGGGCAUCACAGGUUUUCCCAACGGCGCGGUAGGAGUCGCCACUACGGAGGAAGGCACCUACUACUCAUGGUAG